AUGACUGAUCAAUGCUAUGAGUUUAUUCAUCACCUUCGACAAUUAAUUGAAAAUAUACCAAGUACUAAUGAAGAUAAUGAUAGUGAACCAGGAGGAACCUUGCUUGAACAAGGUGAUAUUACUUUUGUUUGUAAAACAUCAGAUAAUGAAAUUCAUUCUAAACAUACUUUGGAUAAUGAAAUCUAUCAACAAGUAUUAAAAUUUAAUGGUUGUCAAUUACUUGAUGUUUACAAUAGCAAUGCUCUUUAUCAAUGUACAAAUAAGGAAAUCAAAGAAAAUAUUAAUGGACAUAUGGAACGAACAAAGGCGUAUAUUUGUAUUGAUAAAAUUAGUCAAAGUAAUAAUCCAACAACGUGUGUCCAAGGUUAUCUAAAUACUAUUAUCAAACAAAUGAGUACAUUACUGAAUGAUUUACUCAAAUCACAUUGUAUUAAUGAAUCACAAUUUCAUCAAAUGAAUAUUAUCGAACAAUCAAAAGUUCGAAUGGACUAUCUGUUUUAUUUACCAGAUAUACGUCAAAGACCUGUGUCAUUUCAUCCGAUCAUGGUUUGUAGUUCAGGACCAACAAUAGGAAUUGCUCGUUAUAUUCAUCGUCUCCUUCAACCUAUCUAUGAUCAAGUCGCUUUAUCAACAACAUUCUUUAAAGAAUCAGAUGUUAUACAUGCGUUAGAAUCAUAUGCAAAUCAUGGUUCAUUAUUAUCAACAACACUAUUUGCUACGAUUUCUAUUCAAGAUCUAGAUACAACUAUAUCUCAUGAUAAAAUGAUGCAAACAUUUGAACGUUUUCUUAAUGAAUAUUAUCAAUCUAAUGAAAAUGGUGCUCAUCAAUUCCUAACAAUUCACACAAUUCUAAAACUUGUCGAUUUUAUUCUUCAAAAUCAAAUAUUUAUCUUUAAGAAUAAAAUCUAUCGACAAGUCAAAGGUAGUGCUAGUCAAUCUCCAUUAACUAGUCUUUUAAUGAAUAUUUACAUGUUCUAUUGGCAAGAAGAUCUAAAGAAAAUUGUUUUAAAUGAAAAUGAACUAUUUGGUCGAUGUUAUGAUAAAAUAUUUCUUACUUGGAAUGGUUCUAAGAAGCAACUUCGUUCAUUAUUAUAUUCUUCUUCAUCAUUUAUGAAAAUAAAGACAUCAAUUGGACAAAAAAUUACUUAUAUGGAUGCUCAAAUAGGUUAUAUUAAUGGUUGUCUACAAACUAAAAUUAAUCACAAUGAAGAUACUAAAUCAAGCGGUUUACCUUACAUAUUAGGCCAUUCACGUUACAUGUAUUCAACAUUAAUGCGAGCUUGUCUAAUUCGUGCUGUACUUUGUUGUUCAAAUGUACAUGACUUUUAUUAUGAACAAAAAUAUAUUGAAGAAAAAUUUCAUAGCAAUGGCUAUAGUGGAGAUUAUAUUCAUAAUCAUGUUGAAGAAUUCUUUAAAGAAUUUAAUGCUUCACAAUCUAAACUUCAUCUUGAUCAAUUGAACUAUGAAAAGCUUCGUGAAAGUCUUUUCGAAUAUGAUAAACAACAAUUAGAAAUGAAAAUUAAACAACGAAAAGAUGAACAGAACAAAGAAAAAUGGUAUAUUUCCUCAACUUUUGAAGGGGAAACAUUACAUGAAUUACAAGAAAAUUUUCAAAAAGUUUGGAAAACUUAUCUUGAUGAUCACGUCGAAUUUAGCCAUAUUAGUAUUGAGAUUAUUACUCAAUCUCGUUAUCCAUCAUAUACAAAAUGA